AGGCCUUUGAAAUCAUAAUAUAUAAGGUUAUGCAGCAGCUCAACUAACAGCAUCUGAUCUUCAGAGUUUCUACAUAGAAAUCCACUGCAGAAGCUUCAACAAUCAUGAACGCUUUCCUGAUGUUAACCGUUAUUGGAGUCAGCAUCAUUCUGUCUGAUGCCGUGCAGCCUCUGGGUGCGGGUUACAACAGCCGCUGCGUGUGUCUCAAACUGGAGUCACGUAUCAUCCCGCAAGAGAGCCUGCGACGCGUGGAGAUCCUGCCGAGAGGCCCGCACUGCAAGACUACUGAGGUUAUUGCUGGUUUGUCGAGUGGAGAGAGGAUCUGUCUGAACCCCAGGACACCAUGGGUUAAAAAACUCAUUCAAUUCAUUGAGAGAAAGGAGCGUGUGAUCAAGAAAGUUUUUAAAUGACAUUGAUGUUGUAACUUAUAUUUCUUUAAUUCUCACUACUCACAAGACUCAUUUGAAGAGCUUUUUAUGCUACUUUUGUCGUCUCUGACAUAUUUUUGGUUCCUGCAAAAUAUUGUCUUGUAUUCUGAGCCUCUGAUUUUGACUGAUACGUGUUUGUCCUGACAAUUACUUCAAGAUGAACCAAAAUGAUGUGUAUGCUACACUACAGUUACCGUCUUGUACAUUGAUUUUCAUUUUACACUGAUACAAUCAAAGUUUUUGGUAUAGCUUGAAAUUGCUGUUUCACUGAGAAAAAAACUGGAAUGUAUGGUGAUGUUUUAUAAUAAAUAAUUUCUUC